CAGCCUCGCCAUGACCUGCCGUGUGGUGGCUCCGCUGAUCCUGAUGGUGAUGGUGGUGGUGGUGGUGAUGGUGGUGCACGGUGCAGAGAUGGGUGUGUAUCAGGGAUCAGGACUCCCAGAGGACAGCGUUUCUAUGAGCCUCAGCAGCACCAACCUCUGUGGUUGCCGCGUAAGGUGCUCUGUGAUGCCAUCCUGCACGGCUGUCACGGCGACCCCUAAUGAAGGAGGGUUCUCCUGCGGUCUCUCUACCGGUACCAGUCCAAAAUCGAAGCUAACAGUAUCCACCUCAUCCACCACCUUCAUCAAGGCCUCGCAGCUUAGUGGAUUAAGCAACCUCGAGUACUUUCUAUCAGCGGAAAAAAACAAUGAUGGUAGUUUCGUUAGCUUUUAUUGUGGCAAAGAAAGCGGCUUCCCUGCCUCUCUCAGCACCUUCGACAGCCUCACGGCCCUCAAGAUAGCAGACCAGAUGGACGGUAUCACAGACAUCAACGACGUGGGCAUAUGGGUGGAAGUUUCUUCAGAGAAUACCUUCUACAACACACAAAGUGUCGACAGCGCCAGAAGUGGAAUCACCCUGGACACAACUGAGAUGGGGACUUGCUAUCGGUUGAAGCAGAACAAUGUGUUAGCCACCGCCAACUGCGCUUUUAUGGGAGGAACAGUCGCCUAUGCCUGCGCUAAGUUCACCACGUCCAUGUCUGGAAAGUGAUGUGGAGUGCUGAGGAAUGCUGAGGAGGCCUGUGGUGUGCUUUGGUAUGCUGUGAAGUGAUGUGGUGUGGUGUGGUGUGCUGUGAUGAAAUGUGGUGUGAUGUGGUGUGCUGUGAAAUGAUGUGGUGUGGUGUGGUGUGCUGUGAAGUGAUGUGGUGUGGUGUGGUGUAUUGUUGUGUGAUGUGGUGUGAUGUGGUGUGUUGUUAGUGAUGUUCUAUAGAGUGCUGUACUGUGUAAUGUGCUGUGCUGAGUAUAUCAUAGGAAGCUGUGGAGUAGUGUGUGUGUGUGUGUGUGUGUGUGUGUGUGUGUGUGUGUGUGUGUGUGUGUGUGUGUGUGUGUGUGUGUGUGUGUGUGUGUGUGUGUGUGUCUUUAAGUAUUGUCAUCACAUAUGAGUGCACGCUUGCUACACAUUCUACAGUCAGUACUCAACGUUCACACUCUAAAUCUUUACCGUGUGUGUGUGUGUGUGUGUGUGUGUGUGUGUGUGUGUGUGUGUGUGUGUGUGUGUGUGUGUUUGAACGAGGAACGUGUGAGGGGAUCUGAGCCUCCAUCCGUUGUCUUUCUCAUCUUCCUUGAGUGUUUCCUACAAUUGCCUGAAUCUCCACUUGCAUUCCUUAUAUCACCUGAUUGUGUUCUCACGCCAGCCGAAUAUUGUGUGGAGUGACUAAACCCUCACCAACCCGUGUUCUAUUCCACUCGUAUUCAGAAACGACUUCUCUUCUCACUACGACAAUUUUCCAAGACCAUAGAUAACCUGGUUUUCAAGACACUUUCUCCUUUUAGUAAACUAAAAAUCUUGCAAAUAUAUCACCAGAACCAUGAAAAUAUUCCUAAAAACACGAGUAUCUCUAAAUGGAGCCUUUGGAAACAAGAGAUGGUGAGGGAACAAAGCGUUUCAGUAUACUAGCCUGUGUUCUAGACUUGAAAGGAAAAGCCCUGAUUCUAGUGUGAUUUUCAGCUUUUUUGCUAUAAGAAUAUAAGGAAAUAUCGUAAAAUAUAAGUACUGAGAGUCACAGCACAGAUACGUUAGCUUAGGGAUAGACUGAGAGAGGUGAAGUGGCGAUAGUUGAAGAUCAUAUGAGAGACGGAAGCUGGAAAUGGACGUAACCAGAGGAGAGAUAGAGGAAGAUCUGAGUGAAGGUUCAAGGAUGGAAUGAAAGAUGUCCUUGUGACGGGUGUAAAUUAGAGAGGCGAGGCUGCGAUGGUUGAAGAUCAUACGAAAGACGGAAGCUGGCAAUGGAUUAAGCUAAAGGAAAGAGGGAAGAAGUUAUGAGGGAAAGUUUAAGGAUGGUAUGAAAGAAGGUGAUGGGUGUCAGUGAAGGACUAGAAGACUGAACGUGUUUGGAGGAGAUUCAUCCACUGUGGUGAACCUUGACUGUGGUAGCAAGAAGAGGAUGAAGAAGAAGAAGAGAAGAAGAAGAAGAAGAAGAAGAAGAAGAAGAAGAAGAAGAAGAAGAAGAAGAAGAAGAAGAAGAAGAAGAAGAAGAAGAAAGAAGAAGAAGAAGAAGAAG